UUGGUAGAUUAAAGCAUGACCUUCUGUGUAGGAUCUGAGAACGGUAAAAUAACACUGUCAUUCUCGUUUAUUCUAAACCAAAGUAGAAGAUGUUCGGGCCUAUGCCGAUGUUAUAGGGCACAAGUCAAUGUCGAGGCCUUCUCAAGCAAACAUUCACGCAUCGGAAUCGCUACGGGUGUUCAGGAUAGAUACGGGAAGAAAACCCCGAAAGAAUUUUGCGUAAAGUUCGACAUUUGUACCUUCAAGGAUAUGUCAAACCAAAGAAAUAUGGAGGAGGACGAAUACCCAACAGAAAUCCAUGAAUUCCUUUCGGACUUUGAAUGUUCCUUGAACACGGUUGAUGAAAUGAUAAAUACGAUGAUAUCUGUGUCCAGAGGAGAGCUUCUUUGCAAACUGGAUCCUCUUGAGCAAGCUAAACUUGAUCUAAUGUCAGCAUAUUCUUUAAACUCUUUGUUUUGGAUUUACCUAGUAACACAAGGAGUUAACCCCAAGGAGCAUGCAGUCAAACAAGAGCUAGAAAGAAUACGAACUUACAUGAAUAAAAUUAAGGAAAUUGGUGACAAGAAAAAAGCUGCUAAACUGGACAAAUCCGCAGCAUCCAGGUUCUUGAGAAAUGCUUUGUGGGAACCAGACUGUGGUGAAUCAAAACAAUUACCUGACCAUUCAAAGUCAACUUGUAAAAUUAAAAAAAAAAAGUGAAAAGAACUUGAAAGGUAUUUUAAAAAUAUCUCAAAAUAUUCUAAAACAUUACAGAAUGCAUAUUUCAUGUGUUAAGUACAUUUUAUAUGUAAAGGUAGAUCACAGCUGAUCAUUUGAUUUCAGCAUUUAGUUUUGUUAUUUGAGUAUUUAACUGUAUUUUGAAGAUUUCAAGCACAUUUAUUAGCCUCUUCAGCAUUGCAUUAUGUGAAAUGUUUUUGCAUUUAAUGUGAACAUAUUUUAAUAUUAAUUAUGGCAAAUGAAAUUCUCCUAUUCAGAACUGAAAAUGCCGUUAUAUCAUAUUUAAAGCAAUUUUCUUGUACAAAUAAUGUAAAUCAUGUUUUGAGAUUCAUAUUUUGGAAAAUUAAUAAAAAAUUAAA